GUUUCCCAAUCUCCGAACAGAAAUAAAUCCGAUGGCGAGAACGGACAAGAUUGACUUUAGAGAGAACGGUGGGUUCCCUGUAUUCAUUCUCGGCCAAAGCAAAGCAUCUUCUGUAGCUGCAGGUAGAGGUCCAGUUGGAGCAUACCAUGACUAUCUGUUCUGUGGGCUGGGCGAAUCACGGUGUUCGUUGACUUCAUUCAUGACUGAUUGACGGGCGUUUUUCCUCAGGCUGGGGGAAAAACAGCUACUUGACUCGACUUGGCACAUGAUGGAGUAAUUGGUUGGGUGCAUGUAUUAUGUCAGUUCAGUUGCCAUGUUUUGCUGAUUCUCGUCUUUUUUAAGGCUACUGGCGCAAGGUGUAACUAAUCCUAUCCUACCC